AUGAAGUCUCUUCAUGCCGGGGGUGUGAGGCAGGCAGAGCGGGAUGCUCCAAAGGUUGUUACCCUGUCUCUUACUCCCACUUGGGAUAUCAGAGAGAACAGUAGAGUGACUCUGACCUGUAGCAGUGAUGCUAACCCAGCAGCUACUUAUACCUGGUACAAGAAUGGUAAACCUCUCAAUAAAAAUACACAGAUUGUCUUCCGCUCCAUCCAGUCCUCUGACUCUGGAGAGUAUUACUGUAAAGCUGAGAACAAGUUGGGGAGGAGGACAUCUAGAUCCAUCUCUAUUGAUGUGAAAUAUGGUCCAAAGCUUCCCUCUGUGUCAGUGAGUCCCUCUGCUGAGAUAGUGGAGGGCAGUUCAGUGACUCUGACCUGUAGCAGUGAUGCUAACCCAGCAGCUACUUAUACCUGGUUGAAGAGCAAUGGAAAGCUCAGACCUCCCAUUGAAGAACAACAGCUGGUCCUCACGUCCAUUCAGUCCUCUCACUCUGGACAAUAUACAUGUAGAGCUACGAACAGCCUGGGCUCUAACACAUCCAAACCCAUUUCUAUUAAAGUGAAAUAUGGUCCAAAGCUUCCCUCUGUGUCAGUGAGUCCCUCUGCUGAGAUAGUGGAGGGCAGUUCAGUGACUCUGACCUGUAGCAGUGAUGCUAACCCAGCAGCUAACUACACCUGGUACAAGGAGAAUGAAGACUCACCAAAAGCAUCAGGACAGAUCUUCACCAUCACUGACUUCAGAGCUGAACACAGUGGGAAUUAUUACUGUGAAGCCCAGAACAGAAGAGGAUGUCAGAACUCCACCUUACAUCUGACUGUUGUAGCAGGAUCCUGGAAAUUAAUAGCCUCUGCCACAGUCCCUGCUAUUUCUCUCGCCAUCAUAUUCAUCUCUCUCUUCUUAUGGAUCAUAAAGAAGAGAUCCUCCAAGCAACCGUCUGAGCCUGGAGAGAGACCAGACAACAGGGAACAGAUGCAGCUAGCAGAGCAGCAUGGUGAACUUCACUAUGCCAGUAUCCGCUUUUCCAAAAAACCAGCUCGCCCCAGAAGAUACAAAGAAGUAGAGAAGGUCGUGUACGCUGCUAUAAAGUUUAAGAGUGCCAGUCCAGCCCCGAGUAAUGACACAUCUUCAGAGCCCCCUGAUGUUAUUAAUGACAGGGCUCAGGAAGCUGCGGAGGAUCCAGAUGCGUUGUACAAUGCCCCAACAGACCUGCAGGACAUCGUCCCUGACUGGCUUCCCACUUUCUGGAAAACACAGAACAGGCCGUUGGGAGCACCUCUUGGAAUUGAAACCUGUGUCUCAGCGGUGGUGAUAAAGGGUCAGUAUGGCUGGGGAGUGACUUACACCUCUACUCAGAUCUGUGCCUCCAAAGGAUCCACAGUGGACAUGCACUGCACCUACAUCUACCCACCCACUGUAACAACAGUUACACAAAAAUUCUGGUUUAUUACAUUACUUUCUAAUAGUCCUUUAGAUCUGAAGAACAGCUACAAAGGCCGUGUGGAGUAUCACUUUGACAACAACAACUGCAGUCUAACGAUCGCAAACCUAACAGAGAGCGACUCCGUUGUGUACAAGUUCAGGUUCCUAACAAACCUCUCAACAGGGAAAUAUACUGGUGAACCUGGAGUCACACUAUCUGUCACAGCUCUCCAGAUGAGGGUGAACAAAGUAACAGUCAAUCAGUCUAGUACCGAGGCAGAGCUGAGUUGUCAUAGCAGCUGCAAAGAACCUUCUUAUGUCUGGAUCAAGAAUGGACAGAAAGUUCCUGAAGAAGCUUCUUCUUAUACGGCCUAUUUGAAUCCUGGAGACAGCAUCUCCUGUGCUUUGAAGGGAUGUGAGAAAUACUACACUCCUUUACUGUAUGCUCCAAAGGUUCCCUCUGUGUCAGUGAGUCCAUCUGGUGAAAUCAUGGAGGGCAGUUCAGUGAAUCUGACCUGUAGCAGUAAUGCUAACAUAGUAGUUAAUUAUACCUGGUACAAGGAGAUUCCCAAUCAAAAAGAAAAAUUUCUCAGUGAAGGACCACAGCUCGUCUUCAGCUCCAUCCAGUCCUCUGACUCUGGACAGUAUUACUGUACAGCUGAGAAUGAGCUGGGGAGGAGGAGAUCUGAAUACAUCCUUAUUAAUGUGAAAUAUGGUCCAAAGCUUCCCUUUGUGUCAGUGAGUCCCUCUGCUGAGAUAGUGGAGGGCAGUUCAGUGACUCUGACCUGUAGCAGUGAUGCUAAACCAGCAGCUAACUACACCUGGUACAAGGAGAACCAACAACUGCUUCAAGGAUCAGAAGGAAUUUAUAAUUUCACCUCCAUCAGAUCUGAGGACAGAGGGAACUACUACUGCAAGUCUGAGAAUCAGUUUGGACAGAUCAAGUCAUCGUCUCUGUCAGUAGAUGUUCAGUAUGGUCCAAAGCUUCCCUCUGUGUCAGUGAGUCCCUCUGCUGAGAUAGUGGAGGGCAGUUCAGUGACUCUGACCUGUAGCAGUGAUGCUAACCCAGCAGCUAACUACACCUGGUACAAGGAGAAUGAAGACUCACCAAAAGCAUCAGGACAGAUCUUCACCAUCACUGACUUCAGAGCUGAACACAGUGGGAAUUAUUACUGUGAAGCCCAGAACAGAAGAGGACGUCAGAACUCCACCUUACAUCUGACUGUUGUAGCAGAUCACCAUAUCUCAGGAGCAAGUCCGUUAAUAGCUGCUGGAACAAUCAGUGUUGUUCUCCUGGCUGUCCUAUCCCUCUCUGUCUUCCUGUGGAUCAGGUGAGCAGUUCUGUUUCACUGAAUCAUUGUUUGUUAAAGCUAUAGGCCGCAAUUAUUUUACAUUAAUGAACGU